UUGUCAGUUAAUACUUUGCUCGUUCACGUGGAACAAUCAUCGGCGUUAGUUUUAGUUUAGUACCACUAGUACCCUAUAGAUCGCGAUCGUGUGUGGUACCGGGCUUUAUUUACUUAAGAAAAAUGUAUUGGUGAAGUGAAAAUAAUAUGAAAUCCAAGAAGACGGAUUUUAUACCACAUAUUACAAGAAUCCAUAGUUUUUCUUUUUCUACCACUAGCAAUAAUAGUUCUACAUCUACAAUAUGUGAGGAGAUAGAGGUCGAUAUGGAGGAGGAGGGCGAGCUACGGAUGAGCGGUCCUGACGAUCCGUCAGAGUACCUGCUGGUGCGGAUCCACGUACCGGAGCUGAGCGUGCAAAAGUGCCUGCAAUUCCCGAGGGAUCAGCUCGUUUGGGACGUUAAACAACAGUGCCUGGCCGCCCUGCCCAAGGAGCUGAAAGAGAGUUUCAAUUACGGCCUGUUUUUCCCUCCUGAAAAUGGCAGAGCCGGAAAGUUUUUGGAUGAAGAACGGCGCCUUGGAGACUAUCCGUUCAAUGGACCUGUGGGAUAUUUGGAGCUGAAAUACAAACGGAGGGUGUAUAAAAUGAUCUCUCUCGAUGAAAAGCAGCUGAAAAGUUUACAUACGAGAGCCAACUUGAGGCGGUUUUUGGAUUACGUGCAAAAUGGACAGGUGGAGAAAGUUACGAAAAUGUGUUCGAAAGGAUUGGAUCCGAAUUUUCAUUGUCAAGAAUCGGGCGAAACUCCUCUAACCAUCGCUACCGGCAUCAAAAAGCCAGCAAAAACCCUGAUGGCACUUGUCAACGGAGGCGCCAUUUUAGAUUACAGAACCAAAGACGGUUCCACGGCGCUACACCGAGCGGUGGAACACAAAAGCUUAGACUCCCUGAAAACCCUCCUAGAAUUAGGAGCUUCUCCAAAUUACAAAAACAACAAAGGACUCACCGCUUUAUACUUUACAAUCACGCCAAAUAUCGAACCGAUAUUUUCUGAAACGUUACUCCACGAUCACGCCACCACCGGCUCUGCAGACUCUCAGGGCUGGCAGGAGGUGCAUCAAGCCUGCAAGCACGGCUUGCUCAAACACCUGGAACAUCUGCUCUUUUACGGAGCGGACAUGAAUGCGCACAAUGCGUCUGGAAACACUCCAUUGCACGUGUGCGCAGUCAACGGGCAAGAGAGCUGCGCGAGACAACUUUUAUUCCGUGGAGCAGAUCGCCAAGCGUUAAAUUUUGCCAACCAGACACCGUGUCAAGUUGCUGUGAUAGCCGGAAAUAUGGAACUGGCCGAAUUGAUACAAAAUUAUCGAGAAGAGGAUGUCGUACCCUUCCGUGGACCCCCCAGCUACAACCCGAAACGUAGAAGUGCAAUCGGACUGCUGACAAGAGCACCUUCACUCCUAAAUCUACCCCCGUCCCCUUGUCCUAGCGACCGAUCCUCGUUACCCUUUAGCUCGGCGAGUUCGAGCCUCAGCGACGGAAGCGUUCCACAUGAAAUUGACACUGCUAGCAUCGUCACAGACAAAAGUCUCGGAGACGCCAGCGACAUCAUCAGUGACAGCUCCGGCGUCGGGACGGCCAAUUCGGACACCACCAACUGUAGCAUCUCAAUGCCCGGCAGUACUGUUGUCUGCCUAGAGUCCUACACCUCUAAGGAGAAGGGACACAUCAGUAUUCGAGAGGGAGAACUUAUCGAAGUUACCGGUGCAACGGAUGACGGUUACCUGGAAGGCAACGUGCGCAGUUCCGGAAAUCGUAGCGGUCUAUUUCCGGCGAAUUGCGUCCAGGAGGUCAAGCUGAGGCAUUCCAUACAAGCGCCUAUGAUCGUUGCCAGAGAUGCCAGACUGCCAAUGCCCUCUUCGCACGUCGGUAGAGUAUUGGGACGUAGGGAGAGCACGUCGAAACAGUUUGCCACAGCGCCUAGAACUAAAAAACAAUAUUCCUCAAUUAGUAUGGAACCUCGCACUGUGGUGCUCCACAAGGGCCGUAAAGGGUUUGGCUUUAUUCUACGCGGCGCCAAAGCGAUGUCACCGCUAAUGGAAAUGACUCCUUCGGAAAAAUGUCCCGCUCUACAGUAUUUAGACGACGUCGAUCCCGGAGGCGUGGCAGACAUGGCGGGCCUAAAAAAGGGCGAUUUCCUUUUGGAAAUCAACAACGAAGAUGUAUCUUCGGCUUCGCACGAGCACGUAGUAGAUUUAAUUAGGAGAUCUGGCAAUUUGGUGCAAAUGACUGUCAUAACUUGGGACCCACCAACAUCACAAGGAACAAUGCACACGAGUAGAUCGAGUAACCUACCAGGAAGCGAAUUUCCAGACGGUUCGAGUUGCAGACAAUUUUCCACCCUACCUCGAAAGCUGACUGGAAUCGGUACUUUGAGCCGGUCCUCGCAAGCUCCGCUACCGCCAAGAAGAGACCCCAAAACCACUCUCAGUAUUGGGAGAGCGAGAGCGAAAAGCUUAGUGGCCGGCUUAGGAGGAGAUAGAGACGAGACUGACGAUAUAACGAAAUCAAGUUCCGCGGAAUCCAUACAACAAACGCCACCCGCGCAACCGAGGACAGCUUCGAUAAGACAAAGGCCUACGUCUACAAGGGUUCCGCAUACUGCUCUAGAAGAUUUGUUUCAUCAAAAACACCAAGAGUUUAUUAGUUCGAAUCAAAAUAAGUUUAGUACCGUUGGUUCGCCAGGAAAAGGUAAGGUGUACGCUAGUGUAGCGGAAAUGAAACGAAAUCGAUCGAAAGGCAAAGGCAAGUUUGUGGAUAUUUUCGGAGGAGGGCAAGAAUUGAGAAGAAACUUUCAUAGUACACCAGAUUUAGCUCAAGAAGUUGCCCAUUUGAAUUCGCAAACUUUACCAAACAUGAAAAAUCAUAGGAGUCAAGAAGAUUUGGGAGCUCUCGCACCCAGAAAUCUACCCCCGCCCAAUCAUCCUCCACCGCCACCACCCCAAGGACACGUGUUGAAAUUUGAAAUACCGAGGCCCAGAUCCGAGAAUUUGCAGCGGGAUAUUUUGCCAGAAGGUAUCGCCUCGUCGUUCAAUCCUUCAGCUAGCGCCAAACUGUAUGCCUCACCGGAUGAUAUGAAAACGGUGGGCUAUAGAGCAAAAUCCUUACAAGGGUCCAGACCAAUAUUGAGAAAAUCUCAGAGUAUGAAACAAACUAACGUUCCAUCGUCAGGAACAAAAACGAAUCCUUACGCUCAACCUAUGCCAACAUCUAGAUCAAAUUCCUCAGUUAGUAAUAGAGGGAAAAGAAAAAAGAUACCUACCAGUAAAUCAGCUUCGAAUAUUGUCCAGAUGGGUCAUGGUCCGCCGACUACCCCAGAGCCUGAUUAUAGCUGUACGGAUUCUGAAGCGGAGAGUGACGGUGAACAACGGAAUAUUACCGGAUUAGCUAGCAGAUUGUCUUCUGUCCAGUUGCAACCCAUAGAAAAUAGUGGAAACAGUAAUACAAGUGGUAGCAGUUCAGGAAGCAACUCGAUACCGCAAAGUUUUAGCGCAGAAGAAAUUCAAAAGACCCGGCUGCAACUGAAAUCGUCGAAAAGUUAUCCGAAUGAUUUUUUCAAAAAACAAACUUCCAGCGAGAAAAUGGAAGUCGUGGAAGACGGUGAUAAUAGUUCUUCGGGAGUUAGUUCGGAUCAAGAGAUUACCAAUGUAUCAGGCUCGGAUUACUAUCAAAACAAUAACAAUAAUGGGGAUUCUAGUGUCAAAUUACAGAGGUCACAAGCCAGUCUUCUAAAAAGACACGCGGUAUCAUUGGCCCAAUUGCCGCCGCCGAUCGAAAACGAAGACGAAAAAGAAGAAUUCUGCCUGCCCCCGCCGCCAGAAUUCAACGAAGCUCAAGCCUUGUUGGCCGCCGAAGAAGUUGUAGUCGCACCGCCGCCCCAAUUCAGCGAUAACCGACAAGUUACCAGGGUACGAAUAGUCGGUGCUGUUCCCAAAGGUGUGGUACCCCAGAUGAAGGCACAACCAAAAGUGAAACAGAAUCGGCUCCAUAGCCAGUAGUAGAUAGAGAUAGCAUAAGAUUAAUAAAAAAUUUAUACCAUUCAACACUUUAUACACUCAACGUAUCAUAAAUUUCCAAUUUUCGUUUUAGAAAAAUUUACUCAAAUUUAUCUAGUAGGAUGCAUAUUUCAUAAAUUUCAUACUAGAUUAUACCACUAGCCUAAUUUUUGGGUUUUGAUGUUAAUUGAAGCCAAUCAAAGGCUACACCAAUGAAGGAACAAUCUAGACAAGAAUCCUGUGGUGCGGCUCCAGGAAACGUUCAAAAUUUGAAUAUUAGGUACUCCAGUUUUUCCAGAAUAUAUCUGAACCCAAAAGGAAAGAAUUUUUUCUGACUAGUAGAAGUAGAGAAGCAAGAAUGUUUACGAUCCGGCCUGACCCCUGGCCAAUGCAUGAGGAGGUCCUUCUUCGAAUUUUUUAUGUUGGUUGUAUUGCAUCAAAACCCUAUAAAGAUAUUAUUAUGAUUUAUACAUCCUGUAAAACGUGAUCCAAUAAUCUACUACUUACUGCCAUUUCUUAUUACAAAAUUAGUAAAAAUUGAUUAUUUAAAAGUGAGUGCGUUGAUGCAAGGAAUCCUGCCAUAACUAAAUUAUUACACAUUUAUAUUAGGUAUAUUAGAAAAAUUAUUAUUACCUACAUGUGGUAUUAUUGUAAUGUAUUCCUGUUAUUGUAUGUGCUAAAAGGUACCGUUUACGUAAGUAAUGGGGGCAACAACAGUUUUUGUAUGAUGGUGAAAAUUAUUAAUUAUAUGUUUUGUACAUGAACUGUAAGGUUUUUCUAUUCAAACCAGGUAGGUAGUUGUUUUUAUAGAAAAAACUGUUUUUAUCAAUUGUAACUGUAUGUUUUUUAAUUACUAUUAAGUAUUAUUUAUUCGAUUCGAUCCACUGCACUUUUUACCCUAACAUUUACACUAGAUCAUAUUUAAAAAAAAAUGUAAAUAACAAUUACUGACAGGUGGUAAUGAAAUAUAUGAAUUUUGAAACAAUUUCGAUACUUGUUUUUGUUGAAGAAUGAAGACAUUGUUGUCAGAUAAUUCAAAAACUAUAGUCUGUUUCAUUGCAGUUGAUAGUUCAAAUCGAGGUUUAGGAACAUAAAGUCAUUGUAAACCCCUCAAUUUGUGCUAUCAACUGCAAUGAAACAAACUAUAGUAGGUACAAUAUACAAGUCCAACAAAGAAAAAAACUGUUGCACUUAUAAUAUUUUGCACUUUGCAGUAUUUCCAAAAUUCGUGUUUUGUAAAACUGAAAAUCAAUUCAAUGUUGUGAUACUAAUGUUUUAAUAUUUUCCGAUGCAGUCAUCACUUGCGUUGUAUAGGCAAAUGCACGUAAAUAUUUAUUUUUGGUAUUUGAAUGUGAAAAUUGUAUUUGUCCUAUUGUUGAAGUGUUUUUUUUUAAAUUUAUAAACCCAUUCAAAAUUCAUUAUGAAGUGCCUUUUUUAUGCAAUUUCAUUCAAGAAAAUGGAGUAUUCACUAUGUGGUUCUAGAAACUGUAAAACCAACAAAAUUAGGUGGACAAUCAUAGGGAAUGUUUGAAAAUUAAAACAUUAGGAACAGGGCAAUUUUUUUUCUAGUAAACACCCCAGUUAAUACUUCAUUUUUGUUAAAACCAGUUCCCGAGACUUUCUCUAUAUGAAUUAGUGAUAAUAAUAACCAUAUUCGUCCUUAUUAAAUUUGUGAAUUUGGCAUCAUUAGGUAUUUUAUAAAUUUUGCAUUAAUUAGUAUGAAUCCUCCAAUAAUACCUAUGUACUGCAAUAAAUAAUAAUUUGUUUUGUAUAGUAUAAACUCAAUAUAAGUAAUUUCAUUAUCUACUAUAA